AUGGAUGAAGAGCUUGUUGGGUUUUAUCUUAAGAGGAAAGAUGCUUGGGCUAUUUGUAGGAUAUUCAAGAAAACCAAUUCAAUGGCGCAACAGGCACUUUCACACUCUUGGGCGUCCUCGUUUCCUACAGAAAUUACAAUAUCAGACGCUCUUAAUCAAGGUGGACAUUGCCAUCAGUUCAGUUCAGAAAACAUAUCUUGCACAACUGGAAUCGCAUCAGUCAUCCCAUUUUGCGGUAACAAUGGACUACAACAGGCCUCUACUUCCACUUUCUCUGCUUUACACGUCCUCUCAUACAAACCACUUAAUCCUACAUUCUACAAACCAUCUCUAAUUCCCAACUCAAACGGAGAACUUCUCAAUAGUUUCAUGUUUUCGCAAUCUGAGGCCGACCAAUGUACAUUUGAUGUUUCUUGUAUACUACUAAACCAGGCCUUAGUUGGGGAUACCAGUAAAGGCAGCUCGGAGACCAUAAAUUUUGCAGGGCCUCAUCAACCGUUAGGGGUUCCUCAAUCAGUAUAUAUGCACCAAGAUAUGCAAGAAAAUAUGGGUGGUGUAGGAGAAGAGGAUCAAGGAGGCUUGAAAAAGAACCAAAGUGAAACCCAUGAUAGUAACCAGUGGGGGACACCUAGAUCUAUUGGAUUCCCCUUCAGUUUGCCUUCAAGCGUACCUAAUGACUGGAAGCUUGAUCUGCCUUGGGACUCUGACUCACCACCAUGGCCAAGUGAUACGUCUUCUUCUUACUCUACAAACAAAUGCUAUACUUAA